AUUUUUAGUUGAGGGAUCACACACAGUAGCUGCGUCAAAAGUUGUUUUUGAACAACUGGAUUGAAUAUUGCAUUCCUGAGACAAGUCAAAUGAGCCUUUAAAAGCAGUUAGAAAUCCUGCCUUAGUAGCCAAGAUGAAUGAGGACGUGUUUGAGGUCCCUGAGGGGACAGAGUAUCGUUAUCUGGUACAAGAGGAAGGAGAGGAGGAGGUGCAGUAUGUGCGUCGCAGACAUUACGUCAGCCCAUUCCUGGUCCUGUCCAGACGUUGCAUCUUCCUCGUCUGCCUGGGGGUGCUAUCCCUGCUCACCUUGGCUGGGUACCUGGCCUUCGUGGCCCAGACUCUGCCCCCUGGCUCAGCCCAGGUCACUACUGACUGUGGAGAGUUCCAGGGGAGACAGAGAAAUGGGGCCUACUCGUUCAAGGGCCUCCCGUACGCUGCUCCCCCCAUUGGGGAACGUCGCUGGGCCCCUCCAGCCAAACCCUGGUGUGGGAACGGUGUGGGGGAUGCCACCCGCUUCCGCAGCAAGUGUCCCCAGGUGCAGCCGCUCUCAGACACGGGGAAGGUGAUUGGCCAGGAGAGCUGCCUCUUCCUGAACGUGUGGACCCCCACCCUGAGCCCCGACGCUGCCCUACCCGUCAUGGUCUGGAUCCAUGGGGGCUACCUUCACAUGCUUAGUGGAGGAGAGGAGGGCUACUCGCCCACAGAGGAGCUAGCAGCCCAGACAGGGAUGGUCUAUGUCAGCUUUAACUACAGGCUCAACGCAUUUGGGUUCCUGGCCCUGGAGCUACUGAGGGAGGGCUCCCCCACCAAUACCUCUGGAAACUAUGGCUUCAUGGACCAGAUAGCUGCUCUGCAGUGGGUCCAGAGGAACAUCAAGGUGUUUGGAGGAGACCCCAGUAAAGUCACCAUAUUUGGUCAAAGCUCAGGUGGGACGUCGGUGUGGACUCUGAUGAUGUCUCCGCUGGCAAAGGGUCUGUUUCGUGCGGCGGUGGAUAUGAGCGGCUCCUAUGUGCAUAACGCAUCACUGGAGAAGGCAGAGGCAGACAACCUGCUAUUCCUGAACAAGACUGGCUGCAAUGACCUGGCCUGCCUCCGGAAGCUCUCCACCACACUGAUACUACGGGCCAUCCCAUGGAAGGAGUACCCGUCGUGGGGGGCACAUGAUCUGAUGGACCUGCCCACUAAGGACAGCUUUGUGGGGCCCGUAGCAGUGGUGGACAGGCAUGUCCUCCCAGCUCCUCCCUUUGAGAUGUGGGAGAAAGGAGGAGUCUUCAACGAUGUUCCGUUCCUCAUAGGGACCACUGAGCAGGAGACUGACUUUUUCCCACCGUAUGAGAAUAUCUCCAUGUGGACAUGGGGAGACUACGGGUGGUUUGUAACAGAUAAACUGAGCCCCUUCAGCGAGGGUCUUCCUAAGGAGGCGUUGGAUCUGUACCCAAGCUCGGCCCUGUGCCCCACUCCUGACCGCUGCCCAGAGAGGGCCUACACCACGAUGGUGUCGGACAUGAGGGUCACCUGCCCAAACAACGACCUGGCCAAGAGGGCUGCAGCGGCCCUCCACAGUCCUGUGUAUCGGUACGUGGUGACACACACUCCAUCUCGUGCCGUCAACUCCUCGGAGGGUCUGUGGUCGUUCCCCAGCCGGUUCUCUUUCCACGGCCUGGACUCUUUCACCUUCUUUGGGGGUCUAGAGAAGCUGUUGGGGGGACCGCUCUCCGCCCAGGACACUGCUUUCCAGAAGCUCCUCACAGAGCACCUCGUCCACUUCGCUAAGGAGGGUAAGAUGCCGGAGCAGUGGCCAGAGUACCCAGCAGCCACUGCUCUCCUGAACCAUACCCUCUCUGUGGUCCAUGAUUACUCUGCUGAGCGCUGCCAACUGUGGGAGAAGAAUGGCUUCUACCCCUACGCCUGGGUCAACUGACCCCUCACCCAUAACUCCUACAGCACAGGACUGAAUCCUACACCUGAGUCACCUAGGAUGUUAGUACUGAAUGUGCUCUGUGACUGUGGUGAAAUGUAGAUUUAUUGUGGGAGUUUUGGUGUGUACAGUAUUUUGCCUUCAGGUUUGUUCAAGGAUAAAAUAUCAGAUUUAGAGAAAAGGGAAGAAUGUGUUGGUAUGGAAGAAGAGGAUGGUCAUUUUUAUAUUUCUGCUCUGUUUUGUGGUAGAGAUGGCUGUGAGAAUGUUGUAAGAGGAGACGUUAUUGUGAUGUGUAUUAUCAUUAUUGAUACUUUUAGCUACUGUUACUUGCACUAAGAUUUUAAAUGAAGAUGCCUACUCUUUACUUUUUAUGGAAAUCUGUUGUGUAUACGUCGUACAUGUAUGCAAUGAGGAAACAUUUAUUAUCAAGGGCUUUUAUGCUGUAGCCUAUGUUAUGUGUUUCUCUAUUCUUCUCUUUCCAUAAUGUGUCUCUGUGGUGGAUAUUCAACCAGACAGAAACAGCUAGGAAGCUUUUUCUGCACGCAUAGAUUGUGUCACCACCAAAUCAUCUUCGUUCGACUUGAAAACACUUGUUUUCUUCCGACUCAAGCCUCAUCAAUUCAACGUAAAACACUCUUGCCUUUUCUUCAGCAUCUCCGACAGCUACCGACUUGAUUGGGAACAAGGGAUGGUGCGCUUGUUCUUUAUGUGUGAAGAGAGGGAUGAAAGCCUGUGGAUGACAGAGAGAGCACAUGGAAGUGUUUACUUGUGUAAUUAGCGUUUAGAGUUGCCUCCAAUCAAAAGCUCUCUUGUUCUGUAUUUUCUCCUGUCAAACAGAUAGGGAGUUAUAUCUGUUCCUGUCUUAUUGAUCAGUUCUGCUUUUGUUCCACUAUGUGCGCUAUGAUAGGCAACUUAUUUCAACGUUAAAAUGUUCUUUGUUUUUUUACUCAGGUAAUCUGCUUUAAAAUGCCAAGAGCUAAAAUUACAGGUCAUUCACAUGCACUAAUACAAAUAAUAAAACACACAAAGAAUUAAA